AUAGAUGAUGACGAAAGGUCAGAAGGUUGACUGUACGGACUUAUAGCCAGCCACAUGCGAGUCCAAUGAGUUUGCCAAGUGGCCAUCGCGCCUUGUUCAAACUGCAUAUACUGACUUGUUUUCGUCGACUAUACGCACUUUUUCUGCCGUAAUCAUUUGUGAUACGCUGAGACUAACAAUGAGUUUUGUAGUAAAAUGUUCAUUGGCGGCCUUAACUGGGAAACCACUGACCAAAGCCUUCGGGACUACUUCUCCCAAUUUGGUGAAGUGACAGAAUGCACCGUUAUGAGAGAUGGCGCCACAGGCCGAUCGCGUGGAUUUGGAUUUCUUACGUUCAAAGACCCUAAGACAGUGAAUAUUGUUAUGGUCAAGGAACACUUCCUAGACGGCAAAAUAAUUGAUCCCAAACGAGCUAUUCCUCGCGACGAACAAGAAAAAACCAGCAAGAUAUUCGUUGGAGGUGUCAGCCAGGACACCACUGAGCCCGAAUUCAAGGACUACUUCGCUCAGUUCGGCCGAGUCGUCGAUGCUACCCUUAUGAUGGACAAGGACACGGGGCGGCCCAGAGGCUUCGGGUUUGUUACUUUCGAAAGCGAAGUCGGCGUUGAAGCAUGUCUCAGCACUCACCUAGAAAUCCACGGCAAGCCCAUCGAGGUGAAGAAAGCCCAGCCACGAGGCAACAUGCGUGAAGAAGAAGAAGCUUCGAGGCGAGGCAAGUUUAGAAAGGGCGGCGGAGCAGAGGAACAGCCCAGCCCUCAGGCUCAGAUGACCAGCCAGAUGGGCCAAGGGGGAAUGACGCCGCAAGUCAUGGCGCAGUACAUGCAGCGGAUGCAACAGUACAUGACUAUGAUGCAGCAGCAGAUGGUCAUGAAUAGAGGUAUGGGAAUGGGAGCUAUGAACCCCGCCAUGAUGCAAAUGAUGCAGAUGCAACAGAUGCAACAACUUCAGCAGCAGAUGACCCAAGGUGGAGGUCAGAAUUCCUCAACUAACCCGAUGACGGCAAUGGCCAACAUGAAUCCGGCUCUCAUGCAACAGAUGCAACAGCAAUUGCAGAGUCAAAUGAUGGGCAACGGAGCUUCUGGCCAAGGUCAGGGCCAAGGCGAUGGAGGCCAACAAAAUUUCAAUGAGUUCAAUCAACAGCAAAUGUUCAACCCACGCGGUGGUGGAAGCCGACGUGGUGGCCGUGGAGCAUAUAACCAGAACUAUGGUAACGUGGGCGGCGGAGAUCCAACCUCCUGGGAAGGCAUGUACGAUGAUGUUCCGCAGCCCAACUUUAACCAAGGGGGCCGAGGAGGAUUCCAUCGGAAUAGAGGUGCCCAUCAGUCAAGUCCCGGACCGGUCGAUCCCACCCAUGCACCCCCGGCCAACGCACCUACGGGCCCGAAGAAUGCAGGCAAGCCUGGUGCAAAUUAUCGGGGUGGAGGACGAGGUGGUAGUCGGGGCUUUCACCCUUACGGCCGCUAGAUCCGUCGUCCUUAAAAGGGUUACUAUUUCCCAUACAUCUCUCUCCGCGUAGCUGUUCUUAUUAUGAACGAGGAAAUUGCGCUGGCAUAAGCUUUCACGAGCUCAUGAGUCGAUGAGGCCCCCAUGAGGCAAUAUGCACAUCGAACACGAUUAUCAUCGCUCUCACCAAAUACCAUAAUUAACUAUUUCUUCUCGCCACCUCCGACGUUUGCAAGUGACACCGCUCUACUACAACGGUCAUUUGUUUGUACCCAUACUUUACCUUUCGCAUGAUAUGAUGCAGUUUCGCAGACGUGGACACCCAUUGAGGAUAUAACCUGGCCCUCUUGGCUUUUACGGUGAGAGAAGAGAUAGAGGCUUCUCUCUGUGCAGAUACGAAUUGGCAUUGCAGGGGUCCGGUUCACUGGCUAGGCUGACUUUUGCGACUUUCACUCGGACAGUUCCAUCGUUACACGGAUGGGCGGUCGAACCCGGUUGUAUCUAAAAAGGGGUUCUUUGCUAUAGCCCGUAAUAAAUGCGAUGUCUAUUGCACGCGCGGUUAUCUUGGUGUUUGAGAAUGUGAAUUGUGAGAUUUAAUGC